AUGUCAGCUUCUAAAGAAACAAUGAAAAUAUGUCAUACUGUUAUAGCAGCUUCACGGUUCUUUCUUGUAAUAAUAAUAAUUAAUAACAUAAACACCUUAUCGAUUGUUGGCAAAGGAAUUUUGCCAUUGACUAAGAACUCUGUAGCUCUACAGUUCUAUAUUGACAUUGAGAAUAAUAGUCGUUUAAAGUUAUGUAAAGUGCAUGCUUCACAUCAAAAGUGCUGUUUAGCGGGACAGGAGAAAGAUAUUUGUAGAGUUUUGGAUAUCUAUCCACCGUCUGAUGAUAUUAUUAAACCGAGGGAUAGAAGGACUUUUUUGUAUAUUUCCCCAUUAAUCCACCAACAUGAUUUAGAAGGACAUUGUAGUUUCGAAAUACAAUAUCAGUGUAAUACAAAAUUUGAUAAAUUAAAUGUUAAUCUUCCAUUCGACACACGAGUUAAUGAAUGUUCGAAGAAACUCUUUGGUGAUUAUUUACGUAACGAAAAAAUAUCUGCUUGUGAUACAUUAGACCAGGAUUCAUUAGAUUUUUGUUUACCUGUUCAUUGUGAUCUGAAGUAUCUGGGUCAUCGAAUACACUACGAUAAUGAUUAUAAAUGCGUCGAUAUUCCUGUCUGCAUAGGAGAUCUUUAUAAAGAAUUACCAGACAUAGUGUAUGUGCCAGAUUCAAAUUUAUGUAGAAAUCUAGAAAUGCCCAUAACCGUUGAAGAUAUUUAUGCCAUUACAUCUGGAUUAGGCAUCGCGACGCAAACCACAACUGAAGAUAACACUUAUCUCGAAGUAAAAUCAAACUGUUCCACAAUUUCACAAAAUAUUAAUCUAAUAAGAGAUUUAAUGUAUGGAAGGCUGUAUCCUUAUACGAAAGACAAAUUUACUGAUUUUAGUAAAUGUUUUAAAUCAGCAAUACUCACCAUAAUACUUUGCAUAAUAAGUAUAACUGCGCUUUUGUUUUCUUUUAUAUGUUGUGUUAAAACCACAGUAUGGUUGUAUAAAAAAGGAUCCGAAGGGGAAAUAAAAAAACAUUGGCAAUGUGUUAAACGUCGUUUUAAAAGGAAAAAGAAAUGUAAAGAUAAAAGUGUGACCGAUACGGAAGUAAGGAACGCGUUAUUAAAGGACGUGAUUGUAAAAGAUAUUCCCAUGGAGCUCAGGGAUAGUGUAGUAAAUAUAUGCGACAGGAUGGAGAAAGAAGUAAGUAAGAGACAACGUUACAGAAAAGAAGAUAUCGGUAGUCAGAUAAGUUUACUGCAUAGAAGUUCAUCGAUGGAGUCUGAUGGUGAAGAAUAG